GAGUAAGGACAGACACAGAGUGAGGAGUAGAAGAGCAGAGUGUUACUAAGAGUGUAUAAGUGAGAGUGUGUGAUGGCUCUGAGGUGCAUAGUGUGGAACGCUCCCCUGGUUCGGUCCGUAACCAUGCUGGAAGGACAGGGUCAGAUAAGGGCAUGCCACAGCCGGAGUCUACCUACUGUAAGAGAUGCACAGUUCUCAGAGAGCAGCUCUACUGUCAGGCCCUUUAGUGAGAUUCCUGGACUGUGGAAGAACAGCUUAGGGAACCUGUAUACUUUUUGGAAACUUGAUGGCUUCAGGAACAUACAUCAAGUCAUGGUGCACAACUUCAACAUGUUUGGACCAAUUUAUAGGGAGAAAAUCGGAUACUAUGAAAGUGUAAACAUCAUCAAUCCCGAGGAUGCUGCCAUCAUAUUCAAAGCAGAAGGUCACUACCCCAAACGCCUUCGAGUGGAACCAUGGACCUCUUACAGAGACUACAGAAACCGGAAAUAUGGCGUUCUUCUUAAGGAUGGAGAGGACUGGCGAUCCAACAGAGUCAUUCUGAACCGGGAGGUGAUUUCACCAAAGGUGCAGGGCAACUUUGUGCCACUGCUGGAUGAGGUGGGCCAAGACUUUGUGGCUCGAGUUCAUAAAAAGAUUGAAAGGAGCGGACAGAACAAAUGGACAACAGAUUUGUCCCAUGAACUCUUCAAGUAUGCACUUGAAUCUGUGAGUGCAGUACUUUAUGGAGAACGAUUGGGGCUGCUGUUGGACUAUAUUGAUCCUGAUUCUCAGCACUUCAUUGACUGCAUUACAUUGAUGUUUAAGACCACCUGUCCCAUGCUGUACAUUCCCCCUGCCCUGCUGCGUCGAGUCGGAGCCAAGGUUUGGAAGGACCACGUGGAUGCCUGGGAUGGAAUCUUCAACCAGGCGGACAACUGUAUUCAGAACAUCUACAGGCAGUUGAGAAAGAACCCUGGAGCCCAGGGUAAAUACCCUGGAGUGCUGGCCAGCCUUCUCACGCUUGACCGGCUGUCCAUUGAAGAAAUCAAAGCGAGUGUGACUGAGCUGAUGGCUGGAGGGGUGGACACAACGUCUAUUACUCUGCUGUGGACUCUCUAUGAGUUGGCGAGACACCCUGACCUCCAGGAGGAGUUGAGGGCAGAGAUUAUUGCUGCUCGCUCUGCUUCACAGGGAGACACAUUGCAGAUGCUUAAAAUGGUACCACUGCUUAAAGGUGCACUGAAGGAGACUCUUAGGCUACAUCCAGUUGCAGUAAGCCUACAGAGAUAUAUCACUGAGGAUAUAGUGAUCCAAAAUUAUCACAUUCCCUCAGGGACAUUAGUGCAGUUGGGACUGUACGCUAUGGGCAGAGACCACCACAUAUUCCCACGACCAGAGCAAUACCUGCCUUCUCGCUGGCUGAGAAAUGAGAACCAUUACUUCAGGGGUUUGGGCUUUGGUUUUGGCCCUCGCCAGUGCCUUGGUCGGAGAAUUGCAGAAACAGAGAUGCAGCUCUUCCUCAUCCAUAUGCUGGAGAACUUCAGGAUUGAGAGACAGCAAAGACAGAAGGAGGUGAAAAGCACGUUUGAGCUCAUCCUGGUCCCUGAAAAACCCAUCAUGUUAACCAUAAAGCCUCUACACAGCAGCAGAUAGCAAAUGAUUAUUUAAUUUUCAAACAUAAGACAUCAUGUCAGAAUUAUAAUGCAUGUAUCAUUGAGUAUUCAUCAAAAAUCAGACA